CCAUCGUACACAGAGAGGAGAGCUUUCAAGAAGAGAUCAAGCUGCUGGUCGACUCCACCAUCUCACACACAGCAUGGCAGCUCCGGCGCAGGAGCAGCAGCAGCAGCAGCAGCAGCAGCAGCAGCAGCAGCAGCAGCAGCCGGCUUCGACCGCGGACGCGUUGUCGUACAUCGACAAAGACUACGACGACCCACGGAUGAAGGAAAUCGUGCACUCCCUCAUCGAGGAGGAGAUGGCCGCCUUCGAGCCCCCGGACUACCUUGCGGACAAGCCCUUGCCCACGACGCGGUUCAAGAGCCCGUUGCUGAAGUCGGAGUGGGCUCGCGUCAGGGCCGAGAAGCCCUUGGAUGUCAUGGACACUUCGCGGUACGACCUCCAGCCUCCACAGGGCGCCGCUGCAGAGGACGAGGCGGCGUGGAAGCGGGCGUUGGACAACGCGCGAGCGCAAACGGAGCACCAACACAAUAGAUUGCUAAACUUGGAGCUGCUGCAGAACUACGGCGCUAGCAUGUGGCUGGGCCACAACAAGGCCGAGGAGGGGACGGAGGCAGCGGUGGCAUCGCAGGCGAAACGGGCUCGCGAGGACGCGGAGAGCGUCAACCUGAAGCGAAAGACUUCGCAGGAGGCGGCGGAGAGGACCUUGUGGAACCUGGCGCGGAAACGAUCAGAGGGUUUCGACAAGAACGUGCAGAUUCAGCUGGCGUGCGAGGGGUUGAGGGCGGAAGUAAAGCGCUUCAAGGCUUUGGAGGCCGCAACGAAAACACCACCAGCACGAUGAUCUUUGUGGGGAGCAUCCACCGGUAGGGGGGAGGAGGUUGCCGUGUGUGGCAUACCUUCGUGCCUGGCUUGUGACCACGGGCUGAGUUUCUGUAGGGAAGCACCUGAGAAAUAGCAGCAUAGGUGGGAUAAGUGUCGUGAGUUUUGGGGGCUCAGAAAAAUGGUCUGCUACGGUGGUGUUGCGGCAACGGAAUGUUGGCGUGUUGAGCGCGAGUGUGAGACUGCAUGGUAGGGGUAGCCGAGUCCAUAGUGUAGUAUUUUUGAUUUGCCCAUUGUAGAUGCACCGUGCAAACCGAAUACACGAGAAGAAGAAAAGGAAACUUUGGCGUCCGAGUGGGGGCAAGACGGCGGAUUAUCGUGCAGGGUGUGUUGCACGCAAUGUUGGCGUGGAAGCGGGGGCGAUCUGAUCUGUUCCGUGUUUGGUGUGCAGUGAUACAAUGCACGUCACGUCAGUCGCGCCGGGCGUAAGAAGCCUUGGAUGAGUGAGAUGCUCCGGUGAGCAAGGAUUGGACGAUUCCUCGCGUGCUGCCUAGACAUGGCGCAUGCUAUAGGCAAGUCAGGCGGAGUUGCUUAUUCUCCCGCUCACCUUGACGCAAGCCACUUAGUUCACACGUAUUCAAAGGAGUGCUUUCAGCACGCUCUCUUGUGUUGGUUUUUUCGGGUUUUCCCGUGACCAACCUCGGAAUAUAAAUAUACCGUCUUCCAC